UACGUGUGUGUGUGAGAAUGUGUGUGUGUGUGUGUGCGUGGGUGGGUGAGUGUGUGUGCACAUGUGUGUAUGCCCUCAGAGAGGGGGUAUCCAAUUAUCAGGAUAAAAUUAGGCCUGUCGGGCCCUGCACUGCUGACGGGGCAUGUGGAGCCUAAAAAAGAUCCUAGCCAUAGUAGUUUGAAGAGAGUAGCAAACAGCAAGACGAAGCUAGUGUCUGGUUUGCACAGGAAUCAGAUGCCGAAAUGGCCACAAAAGUAGUGGACCUGGUGUACUGGCGGGAUGUGGGGAAGACAGGGCUGGUGUUCACCGGGCUGGUGAUUGGCCUGGUCAGCCUGUUCCAGAUCAGUGCCAUCACUGUGCUCUCCAACCUAUGUCUGGGCAUCAUGUGCCUCACCUUCCCCCUGCGCCUCUACUACAAACUCCUAGAGAUGAUACGGAAGAACCCCGAAGGAGUACACCCCUUCCAAUCUUACAUAGGGGAUGACAAGUCUCUGACAGAUGAGGAGACAGUGUUGGUGGUGGAGGAGGUGGUGCUGAUGAUUGCCUUUGCCAUCACAGAAAUCAAACGCCUGCUCUUCAUUGGCAGCAUCAAAGACUCCAUCAAGUUUCUCUUGCUGCUGUAUGUGUUGAGCUAUGUGGGCAUCACUACCAACGGACUGACCCUGGUGAUAGCUGGUGUCAUCUGUGUUUUCUCUCUUCCUCUGUUCUACAAGAGAAUGCAGGGCCGGAUAAAGAGGAUUGGAAAAGUCUACAAUGGCCUUGUGAGAAAAAUGAAAAACUUGUUUAAGAGAUUGUACAGUCAGCUGAGACGACCCUCCCCGGGGGCUCCUCCGGCUCCAACAUCAACCCUGAAACACAAACAGAAGUCCAAGUGAUGAGAAAGGGGAUCAAUGGGAGAGGAGGGAGUCACUCACACGUCUUAUCAGGCUACCUAGGAUUAGGGGCUGGGAACUCUGACAAGAGGGGUGGGGUGCUAGGCCCUCCUGGGUGUAUAAGGGUCAUUUUGAAGGCUACUGGUGUUUUAUAUUUCCAUUUCCCAUUGUGGUGUCUGUGAAUGGGAGCAACCUUUCAAAUCUAGAGUUUGUCAUUUGUACACUAAAGAUGUUUACAGACAAAAGCAUGUGUAAAACCGAGAGAUGGGGGAGGGGGGUACACCACAAAACACUUAAGACCAUACCAGUUGAACACUGGCCAUCUAAACACAUACCCCACUGACUCUGGAGGUAUAGUAAAAGCAGGAGAAGGGGUGAAUGGAUGCAUAUCCAAUGAUUGCCUACUCCAGUGUCAUUAAGCUGCAUUGUUCACGUUUUCUUGAUUUUUCAUUAAGUUGUUGAAUAAAUGUUUGACCAUU